UAUAUAUAUAUAUAUAAGGUUGCAGGUAGAAUGAGCAUCUAUAAUUUUAUUUUUGCAAUGUAUGUACUUAUGCACUUAAGCACAAUGCCAAACUAGAUUUUAGACAAUCAGUAUAUGCCGUUAUAUUCUAAUGUUUUUUUAAAUAGGAAUAAUAUGACUUUUAUAAAUUUACAGACUCUACAAAGAUAUGUGCAUAGAUUUAUGCAUUUUUAAAAGAAACUGCAAUAUUAUAAUAUGCCUUAUGUACUUACGUUUUAUGUACAUAAUUUUUAAAAUUUGAUCAUAUUGUUUAUGAAGUGUUAAAAUGUUUAAUCAUUUUCUCCUUCAAUAUUUUUAAUUUUGGAAAGCUUCCUUUACUCUAAUGAAAAUCUAAGCAAAAGUUUCUUUUCUAAGAAACGUCUUUUUUUUAAUACGCGAUGAAGUCAUAUUGUAAAAAAAUAUUUUGGAUUAAUAUUGAUAUUUAUAUUAAGUUCUUGUAUAAAAACAAAAGUAUAAUUUAUUUGGAAAACAUGGGUUCUAUUAAUAAAAGAUACAGGACUGAGAUAGAAAAAAAAGAUGAAACUCCCUACUUUGAACUAGUUUGCGUGCCGCCAUAUUAUCAAAUAAUAUAUUGUAGUACAUUCAUCUGCGGCUGCUUUGAAAGUUCCGUACCUUGUCAAAUAAAGUUUGUGACAGUAAUGUUGUUAUUUAUUGCAAGUGUUUGAUUUAAAAAGUCAUCAUAGUAUAGUGCUACAUCAAUUUUGUUUGGCCGAUUGAAGUAGACGUACACUCUUGACACGUAUAUCAUGGCGAUCUAUUUCAUUAUUAUCUCAAAGCGUUCAUUUAGAGGUUAACUUGCUCUUCGGGAGAGAGAAAAAUACAAUGAAAAUAUUACGAUAAAAAUUGUGGUGGCUCUUAAUGAAAUUACGUCAAUGACAAAAACUCAACACGUGUAAAAUUAUAGAGGUUCAAUGUACUUUGUUAUUCAUUAGUUCAUUAGGAAUGAAUAGACUCAACACACAUAACCCAAAGUAGUAUUUCAUGAUAUGUAGAUAGAUAAAUAUUUUUUACUUUAUUACUUGUCCAUUUAUAAGUAGCAAAAUGUUGACAGAACAAAUUGUAGUUUCUGAAUCAUCUACCGGCGAUACAUUACCAUUAGGAUUUAUAACCGCUGAAGAUGGUCGAACUCUUUUAGCAGUAGCAGAACACGAAGAUGGUAUCUUAGCAAUUAUGUCAACACCUGUAGCAUUUAUGCAGCAGAAUAAUAUAAUUUCACCAUCAUUAGUUAAGACUAUAGAUGGAAAUAUGAUUGUGCAUCCUCCUAUUUUUCAAAUAAGUAUAGAAGGCAUUGCUGGAAUUCAACAAGGUGCUAUAUUACCAAUACAAACAUUAGAAGCAGUUCCUACUGUUAUGGAAGAUGUACCAAGUUGUGUACAGUCCAUAGUUCCUACAUCAACAGAUUUAGCAAUAAAUAACAAAGAACAAAGUUUUUCUCCCGAGUUUCAUACAACACAAUUUCCUGUUCAGAAAAAUAAUACUAAACGUAAUCCUGGCAGACCAAGGAAAAAUGAAGUCAUCUUGUCUCAUAGCAUAGACGAUAUGAAAUGCAAUGUUUGUGGGCAAGACUUUGAUAAACAAUCUCUAUAUCGGAAACAUAUGGAUCAGCAUGCAGAGGAGAAACCACAUCGUUGUCCAAAAUGUUCUGCAUCCUUUAAUAUUCCGACGAAUUUCACGCUUCACAUGGCAACGCAUAAUACUGGUGAACCAAAAUGUCCUGAAUGUGGUAGAAAAUUUGCUAGAAUGGCCAGUUUAAAAUCUCACAUGAUGUUGCAUGUGAAAGAAGAAAAUCUUUUUUGUACGGAGUGCGAAGAUGCCUUUCCAACGAAAGCUCAACUGGAUGCACACUUAAAGUUACACGGUGAAAAAUCAUUAACGGAGGAAGUGCGAAAGUGUAAGCUUUGCAAUAAACAAUUUGUUCAGCCUGCUUUAUAUAGACUUCAUAUUCGUGAGCAUUAUAAGUUACGGACAAAGAUAGUCAAGCAGACGAAAAAAGGAACGAAACAUAAGAUUAUGUAUAAGUGUACGAUAUGUUUGAAGUCGUUUCAAAAACCUAGUCAGCUAAUGCGUCAUAUUAGAGUUCAUACAGGAGAGAAGCCUUUUAAAUGUACCGUAUGUAGUCGAGCAUUUACUCAGAAAGGUUCUCUACAAAUUCAUAUGUGGCAACAUGAUGGUAUCAGACCUCAUAUAUGUACUCUUUGCAAUGCUAGAUUUAGUCAAAAAGGAAACCUAAAUGCACACAUUUUGAGGGUACACAGUGCUCCAGAAGGAGAAUCCAUAUAUGGAUGUACUUAUUGUCCUUGUAUUUUUAAAAAGCUUGGCAGUCUUAAUGGUCAUAUGAAAAGAAUGCAUUCGAAUUUGGCAGAAGAAACAACAUCAAAAUGCGAAAGUUCUACAGAGGCUGAUAUGCGAGCUACGGUUGAUAGUGUCAUAUCACAGCUAGCAUCCUUGGAAUCUGGCAUUGCUAAUGUAGCAAAUUCUACUCAAUCUGGAGCUACGACUGAAAAUAGAAAUGAUAUUUUACAAGAAGCGUUAAAUAAUAGUGGAUUGCCUAGUAAAGAGAAAAGUUCUUCUAAUGAAACAAUAGACUCGAAAAAAGUAGAAGCAAAAACGACGUACGUUACGUUAUUGGAUAGAGCACCGGACGGUACCAUGAGAAAAUAUUUAACAAUAAAGCAGCGAUGUAUAGGAAAUAUACGAUGGUAUGCAUGCUCUUUCUGUCACAAAGAAUUUAAAAAGCCAUCGGAUUUAAUACGUCAUUUAAGAGUGCAUACUCAAGAAAAACCAUUUAAAUGUUCUUAUUGCUUUCGCUCAUUUGCGUUAAAAUCAACGAUGAUUGCACACGAACGUACUCACACCGGUACCAAGAAAUAUGCUUGUGGUUCGUGCGAUAAAACUUUCGCGUGUCAUAGUAGUCUUACCACUCAUACGAGAUUACAUACAAAGCCACACAAAUGCACUCUAUGUGACAAAUCGUUUAGUUCUAGCGCUGUUUUAAAAAGUCACAUGAAAAGUCAUUCAAAAGGAAAAUCAAAUCUCUCGCCAGAAGCAGAAAGUCUAGUGCCACAAAUCGUUUUACAGGAACCGUUAGUUAUUAGCGAUGCGGGUAAUAAGAUCAGCGUGGCGCAUGUACAAUCAAAACAAAAACAUGUUUAUGACAGUGCAGAUGUUGCAAGACCACACAAAUGUUGGGUAUGUCAUGCGGCAUUUAGGAAAAUUAGUCAUUUAAAGCAACACUAUCGUCGGCAUACUGGAGAACGUCCUUUCAAAUGCACCAAGUGCGAUAGAAGAUUUACGUCUAAUAGCGUUCUUAAGUCACAUUUGCAUACGCACGAUGAUGCAAGACCAUACAGUUGUACUGUAUGUAAUACUAAGUUUUCUACUCAGAGCAGUAUGAAGAGACAUUUGGUGACUCACAGUAACAAAAGACCAUUCAUGUGUCCUUAUUGUCAUAAAACAUUCAAAACUUCUGUUAAUUGCAGAAAACAUAUGAAGAUACAUAAACAUGAACUUGCACAAAGACAAUUAGAACAACAGAAGAAACAACAACAAAUUAAGGAUGUACCAAAGACAUUGAAUAAGGAUAAGGGAACUAUUUUACCAGAGAAUAUAGCACUGUCAGAGGAAAUGGAAGUAUCUUUCCAACCACAAAUGGCACCUGAUUUUGCAUUAGCCUUUUCGGAUCAAUUUCAAAAUAUAACGGAAAAAGAAAAAACGUUUUUAACAACGGACAGAACACAACCGGUUAUUAAUUCAAAUUUAUCUACAAAUUUGUCUACGAUAGAAACAAAUAAUUUAGCGACAUCGCAAACUUUACAUACCGAUGAAACAGCCACUAUUACAAUUCCUAAUUAUACAGGGGAUCAAUCGCUUACGCCUGAAAGUAUACGCGAGAUAGAAGAAACUUUCAAUCAACAACUGUUUAAUAUUGGAAUGAAUCUUGGUUUGGGAAGUAAUCUCUCAAGACCGAUAGAUGAUGCAAACACAAAUACUCUUGAACAAAGGGAACAACCUGUAUUAAAUAUUAUUUAUGACAAUAAUAAAAAUUUAGAGUCAUCCGCAAAUACAAUGUUCACAUCACAAUUUGAUUCAUUUGAUAUUAGUCAGAUUACGUUACAACCUGAUACCGAAAUAGACAUUGGACUGAAUACAGAAAAUUCUGCAAAUAUGGCAAAUAUUUUAACUAGAUCUAUACAAGAGAGACAAGAACUAAGCACUAUCGCUAUUGAAAAUAAUACAAAUGACAAUCAUAUUAAAACACCAAAACAAUUAAUGAUAUUAGGUUCCAAACAAACUGGAUCUGAUGCUUUAAAACUGCCACAGUCUUGUUCGAGAUAUCCGAAAGUUAUAGCUAAAGCGGAUACGACAGAUACAACGGAUAUCGAAAUUAUGAAUCUAACGAACAGUGCAGAAAUACAAAUGAUAAAUGAUUGUAAUAAAAAACAUCAAGAAAACAUCGUAUGUCACGAGCAUGGAAAUAAUACUUUACAUUUAAAAUGCGAUUUAAACAACGAAAAUUUUCAAGAUACGCUACAAUUAAAUGCUCAUUCAAAAUUACAUUCCCCGUCGAACAUCAUUUACGCGGAUAUUAAUGGAUGCAGCAUUCAAUGUGACUCUUUACUUCAGUGUCAUAUAUGCAGUGAACAAGGCUUUACUACAGAAGAAUUAAAGGAACAUUUACAAACUCACCGUGGAACGAAAGGCUUCCAAUGUACAGAAUGUUCUCUUAAAUUUUGUACUAGUGGUGGACUUAGCAGACAUUUAAAAUUACAUAAAAAUAAAGAACAAUGGAAGUGUACAAUCUGUCAACAAGUUUUUGUUAGCAAAGUCCAAUUGAGAUCUCAUAAUAAAAUGCAUGAUAAUAAUCUUAAUGCAAGCUCGUUAGAAUCAGACAAAUCGCAGAAAGAAAAUAUUUCUAUCAAUAAAAGUCUUUCCAUUGAUUCUACUUCAAAUAAUAAAAUUUCUUUUGAUAGUAAAACUCUAUCAAAUAACUCCAUCAAAUUGGAUGAAAAGAUUUCUUUAGAUGAUAAAAUGGGCACUGAUUCGUCAGUAUCAGAAAAAGUUCUUUUAGACACGGUAGCAGAAAAAAAGAUCAUGGAUCAAAUAGAUGGUAGUGUAGAAAAAAAAGAAACAAAACAGUAUAUCAAUAAAUGUAAGUACUGUCCGAAAACAUUUCGCAAACCAAGCGAUCUUAUAAGACAUAUUCGGACACAUACCGGUGAACGACCGUACACGUGCGAUCAUUGCAGUAAAAGUUUUGCAGUGAAGUGUACAUUGGAUUCUCAUAUGAAAGUUCAUAGUGGCAAGAAGACGUUUUGUUGUCAUGUUUGCAAUAGUUUAUUUGCUACAAAGGGUAGUUUAAAAGUUCAUAUGCGAUUACAUACUGGUUCUAAACCAUUUAGAUGCCAGAUUUGUGAUUUAAGAUUUCGAACUUCAGGUCAUAGAAAAGUACAUUUAUUGAAACAUGUGAGACAGCACAAAGGUAUCACUAAGCGAAAACAAAAGCACAUGAAAGUUUCUGCUGUAGCUGAAGCAAGUCUUGAUUUAGAAAAAUCGGUUGAAAGUGUAGUGCAUUUAGUAACAACUGAUAAUGAUGUAUCUACAUCGUCAAAUGUUGAUUACUCAAACCUUGACGCAAUCAGCAUUGACACCAAUAAUUUAGUCAAUCAGAUUAAUUUGAAUAGCGAUACAAUGAUAUUGAAUAAUAAUUCAAUUGUGUCAUUAAAUGAGAAUAAUCAAUUAGUAGCAAAUUUGCAUUUCUUAUUAGCAAAUGGAUUUGUUACUAUUCAAACGGAUGAUACCUCGCCACCAACAGUAACAGCAGCAGCAGCAGCACCAGCAGCAGCACCACCAACAACACCAGCACCGCCACCACCACCACCACUAGUACCUAUUUCUGAUGCAAAUAUUAUUCAGAAUGAGACUAAAUUAUCAGAAUUCGUUAAUGGUGCACCUAUACAGGAAUCUUAUAUUGACACAGGUACUAAACACGUCGUUAUUACAAAUGAAACAUCAACAAGGACAGCCCUGCCAACUACCCAUGUUUCAACAGAGCCGAAUACUGAUAUAAGUAUAACACAAUUAGAAUAUACAAAUCCUGCAACGAUUAAAACAGAAGAAACAAUAAAGAAGCAAACAAAUAAGAGCAAUUCAUCAAAACAGAGAGCAUGUGAUAUUUGUGGAAAAACGUUUAUGAAGCCAUAUCAAGUAGAAAGACAUAAACGAAUUCACACAGGUGAACGUCCAUUUAAGUGCGAAUUAUGUACCAAAUCAUUUGCUCAAAAGGCAACAUUACAAAUGCAUCAAAAACAUCAUACAGGUGAUCGACCACACGCUUGUCCAUGCUGCGAAUUUACUUUUUCUCAAAGAGGAAAUUUACGAACACACUUAAGACGUGUUCAUCGAUUGGAUCUUAUCAGUGCUAAAAAGUUGAAAACAAGUCAACAAGUUUUAAGUGCUAAACUAAUACAAAAUAAUAUAGGUGAAACAAAGAUUCUAAGUUUAGAUGAUAUUGCCUUUGUCCAGUUUGUAAAAUAAUUUUUAAUAUAGACUAACAUUUUUAAAUGCUAAAUACGCUUAAAAUCCUCAAUACUGUCCGAGAAGUCGGACAUAUUACUUUUCACUGCUCUUAUCAUGAAAGAUUUAACAAAUAAAAAAGGAAAGAAAAAGAAAAAAAAAAGAAAAAAAAAGAAAGAAAAAGAAAAAGAAAAAAAAAUAUUAGACUGAUCUCUCUGUGUCUUUGCAUUGAGAAAUUUUUUAAAACUCUGUGAUGUAUAUAUCGUGUACAUUGAUAACACUAAAAUAGUAAAGUUAUAUUCUGUGGUUUAAUAGAAUCCUUUAUAUUAUUGAGAGUCAGUUAUUAUUCUAAGUGUUCUAACUCUAAACCUAUCUGGUAUUACUAAGAUACAAGAAACUUUCUUUGAUAAGUUGUAUUAUCUUUAUUUGAUACAUAAAAAUAUAACUUGUACAUAAGUUACUACUGUUUGUAAUAAAAUAUGUCAUUAUAGAAUUAAAAUUAGCAUUUAUGUGUGGAAAAUUUUUGAGGUAUAAACGAUCAAUGAACAAAUAAAAUUAAUGUUUAAAAUUGCAUUUAACUGCAAUGUUUGGACAACCAUCAGGAUGAUUUUCAUGAAACCAACAAGGUUUUACUUUUACUGGAUGUGUAGCAUUAGUUUUUCGUUUUUUUUUAACAUUAAUAGGUGUAAUUCCAGGUAUUCUAAACUGUACUCUUCCUUGAAUUACAGAAAAUAUGUGACCAUUA